GGUGCACGGCUCGUUUACCACGGAAAACUUUUACCCGGCUGUCGUGAACCAGUUACCGACCCGCGAGGGCAGGCCGGCCGGCCGGCCGGCCGGCAGUCGCCCAGGCUCACGGGGAUGUCACGUAUCCCGACGCGGCCACGCCCGCCGCGGGCAAACGCGGCGCGCUCCGCUCCCCCUGUCUGCUCCAUCACGCACACUCGCGUCCUGCCCUUGCCCCUCCCCGUCGUUGUCUCCUCCCCUCAAAGCCCACCACCACCCCACGCCACCCACCCCACCCCACUGCGCGCCCCCCGAGAGACUCCCCCUCCCGAAUGCAAUCGCGAGCCCCAACCGCAGCAGCGUCUUAGCCAGGCGGGCGGCCAGGUUCGGUAGAUUUCUUCGUUGCGGCGAGGGACCGGCGGAGGAGGGGGUUGCCGCCUUGCCGGGGCCGGCACUUGGAUGAGAAGGGCGGCACCGGCGGCGGCGGAGGAGGAUGCGGAAGGCGUACAGGGACUCCAUCAAGGUGCUCGAAGCUGACAUCCAGCAUGCCAACACUCUGGCCUCUGAAUUUCCCCGGGACUACGAUGGGGCGUGCCUGCAGAUGCGGCUGUCGUACAGCCCCGCUGCACACAUAUUCCUCUUUCUGGUGCAGUGGACGGACUGCAGCCUCGCCGGGGCACUUGGUCUGCUGAGAAUUCUCAUAUACAAGGUUUAUGUUGAUGGCACGACAACCAUGUCGACUCACGAGAGGAAAGCCAGCAUCAAAGAGUUUUAUGCUGUGAUAUUUCCUUCUUUGCUGCAACUGCAAAAGGGGAUCACUGAUAUGGAGGACAAGAAGCAGAAGGCUGUGCGCAUGGAGAGGUACAGGAGGAAAGAUGAAGACGAACGAAACAACUUAUCUGAUAUUGAUGUCGAGAGGGAAGAAGAGUGUGGGAUUUGCAUGGAGAUGAACAGCAAAGUUGUGUUGCCCAACUGCACCCAUGCUAUGUGCCUCAGAUGUUACCAGGACUGGAGUUCAAGAUCGCGGUCCUGCCCAUUCUGCCGUGACAACCUGAACAAGACCUGCCCUGGUGACUUGUGGAUCUAUGUUGAGGACCAAGAUGUGGUCGACAUGGAGACAGUGUCAAGAGAGAACCUCAGUAGGCUGUUCAUGUACAUAAGCAAGCUACCUCUGAUUGUUCCAGAUAUCAUCUUCGGUGUUUAUGAUUCCCACAUAAAAUGACCGCAAUGCAGCCUUAUGAAGGCGACCAGCCAACACUUAGUUCCAUUUAAUCUAUGCCCCAAGUUCUCCAUUUCCAUGCUUCCACUCGAGCUUCUUCUGGAAAUGCCUGAACUCUUGUGGAAUCGCAAGCCGUUCGGUUGUGCUUUAGAACUUAUUUAGUGCCUGCAUGCAUCCGUAAGCUAUCCAGCCACUUUUGUACAUAUCUGACCUGGCUCAGUUAAAUGCUAAUAGAGAACUUGUGCUUGCCCCAAAUGGAGGCAGUGAUGUUUGUGACUUA